AUGUCGACCGCAACUUCAAUCAUCAGCUCUGGCUCCGACAGGCUAGAUGCUUGGACUCGACGCUCACAGCCCAAAAUCGAGAUAAAUAUUGCAGGACAAAAGCCAGGACAUGUUAACUCUUAUACCACCGGAGAGAGUAUUGAUGGCAGUAUAACCGUCACCGUUGAGCAUGAGACUCGAUUUGAAGAGGUUGAGAUUGUGUUUGAAGGUGUAGCUCGAACGACGGUAGAACGGGCAUCAUGCCCUGGCCGCACCGGAUCACAACAGAUGUUUCUCAAAUUGCGCCAGCCUAUUGAUGAAAUGGAAUAUCCGACCCCUCGAGUCCUGGAGAGUGGCCGAUCAUAUGAAUACCCCUUCACAUUCGUCGUCCCGGACCGCCUGUUGCCCCAGGUCUGCAGUCACCCCAAGAAGAAUGUUCACCUUCAACGAUCCCACACCAUGCUUCCGCCAACAUUGGGUGAUCCCAUCCUUGCUAGUAAUGGCAAGACACUACUAGAUGACAUAGCUCCUAGCAUGUCGCAGAUCGCCUACACGGUUCGAGCGUCUGUUCUUCAGAAGCAACUCGUCGGCCCUGGAGUCGUGGCUAUCGCCGGAAUUGCCAAGAAAGUCCGUAUCAUCCCAACCGUCGAAGAAGAGCCCCCGGUGGAAAUUUCGGCCAGUCCAUCUCUCUGCACACGCAAAGAGAAGAGUGUCAAGCGUGGAACCUUUCGGGGCACAUUAGGACGCGUCGUCGCUUCAUCAUCCCAGCCCAAACCCAUUCAACUGCUUCCUCCAGACGGCGAGCCAACCGACACCGUGAGCACCGUGGCCACCGUAAACCUACGAUUCGAUCCAGUCGGCGACGAGCAACCUCCCCCACUCGGAACAAUGACCAGCAAACUCCGUGUGAGCACAUUCUUCAGCGCAGCCCCAUGGGAGGACUUCCCAUCCACGACCGGCAUGCCCUUCGCCCACAUCGGAUGCGGCCUCUACACAGAAAGCGUCCCUCUAUUAACCAUGUGUGUCGCAUCCGCCCAGUGGACAAAGCAAUCGACAGCCGCCGACACCAUGCGCCGCGACUCCACCGACUCAUCCUCCUCCGAUUCAUCAACCGGCCCGUCCUCCGCAUUCACCGGAGACACCUACUAUACCGCAUCAGUCGUCGUCCCCGUCACGCUGCCCAAGUCCAAAGCCUUCGUCCCAACUUUCCACUCCUGUCUGAUGUCUCGCAUCUACGCCCUCGAUCUCUCAUUGACAUACCACACCCCCGCAACCAACCUCAUGACACCGACAAUCUCCCUCCGUGUCCCCGUCCAGUUCACGAGCCAGCCAAAGUGCGCUGAACCCAUAAAGUCUCACCUCGGUGUCACGGUCACACAGCAAGAGCUAGAGGAGUUCUUCAACCCGCGCAAUGUGACUUCUCCCACCGACUUUUCCAAUACUCGUGGUGAUGUCGUGGUUGAUGUGGGCCUUGCCCCGCCGGAGUACUCGGAACGAUUGAGCACUCUGAGAGCCACUCGUUAA